AUGGGAGCUAGUGUGAGUCUCAUGCAGUGGUCUAUUUCCAAGAAGCUUGGUAUAGGGGUUGUGCAAGAUACCAGAAUGACACUCCAAUUCUCCGAUCAUUCGGUCAAGAAACCGUAUGGCAUUGUUGAAGAUGUUCUAGUGAAAAUUGAUAAGUUUGUAUUUCCGGUGGAUUUUGUAAUUCUUGAAAUGCCAGAAGAUGAAGAGAUCCCUCUCAUUUUGGGGAGACCCUUUUUGGAGACGGGACGGUGCUUGAUAAACAUUGAAGAAGGAACUAUGACACUGAAGGUUUAUGAUGAGGAAUUGAAAAUCGAUGUUCGAAACACCAUGAGGUACAAGGAUGAUAUUUGUACCAGUCAUACUAUAGAGGUUCUGGAUCAGGUUCUAGAAAACGAACCUCAUUCUGAAUUGGGAGAAAUCUCACUUCAUCGUGCGUGA